GUUCAAGCCAGCUGCUUAACAAGGGAGUCCAGAGGCUACUUGGCCCCUGCAACGGGCGAUGUACUAAAGUCAGGUCUUUUGGGUAGCCGUCGUGAAUAUUUUUGUUCCUUGGAUACAAUGAAGGUUAAGGUUAUAUCACGCUCUGCUGAUGAGUUCACUCGAGAACGAAGUAAUGAUCUUCAGAGGGUAUUCCACAAUUAUGACCCGAGCAUUCGUAGUCAAGAGAAGGCAGUGGAGUAUGUGCGCGCCCUUAAUGCGGCUAAGUUGGAGAAGAUUUUUGCAAGACCUUUUAUGGGUGCAAUGGAUGGGCAUAUAGACGCUAUUUCGUGUAUGGCGAAGAACCCUAAUCAUUUGAAAGGGAUUUUCUCAGGUUCAAUGGAUGGAGAUAUUCGGCUCUGGGAUAUGUCUUCAAGGCGUACAGUUUGUCAAUUUCCUGGCCAUCAAGGUGCUGUACGAGGCCUGACAGUAUCUACAGAUGGACGAAUUCUUGUAUCAUGUGGAACUGAUUGCUCUGUCAGACUUUGGAAUAUUCCUAUUGCUGCACCUAUUGAGUUAGGUGGCUCAACUGAGAAUUCUGCUAAGCCCAUUAGUGUUUAUCUUUGGAAGAAUGCAUUUUGGGGUGUUGAUCACCAGUGGGAUGGUGAGCUGUUUGCUACUGUUGGUGCUCAAGUAGAUAUAUGGAACCACAACAGGUCUCAGCCAGUUAACAGUUUUGAAUGGGGAUCAGAUUCAGUAAUAUCUGUCCGGUUCAAUCCUGGAGAACCAAAUCUAUUGGCAACGUCAGCUAGUGACCGGAGCAUAACAUUAUAUGAUUUGCGUAUGGCUUCCCCUGUCAGGAAAAUCAUAAUGAUGACCAAAACCAAUUCUUUAUCUUGGAAUCCAAGGGAGCCAUUAAACUUCACUGCUGCAAAUGAAGAUGGUAAUUGCUAUAGCUAUGAUGCUAGGAAACUUGAUGAAGCCAAAUGUGUUCACAAAGAUCAUGUUUCUGCUGUCAUGGAUAUUGACUACUCACCAACUGGCCGGGAAUUUGUCACUGGAUCAUAUGAUAGAACAGUAAGAAUUUUCCAGUAUAAUGGUGGCCACAGCAGGGAGAUCUAUCAUACUAAGAGAAUGCAAAGGGUAUUCUGUGUUAAAUUCAGCUGUGAUGCGAGUUAUGUGAUUUCAGGAAGUGACGACACUAAUCUCAGGCUUUGGAAGGCCAGAGCAUCAGAACAACUUGGAGUUGUUCUCCCUAGGGAAAGGAAGAAGCAUGAUUAUAAUGAAGCCCUAAAGAACCGCUACAAGCACCUCCCUGAAGUGAAACGUAUUGUGAGGCACAGACACUUGCCAAAACCAAUAUUCAAAGCCACUAGUCUCAUGCGCGUCAUGGCCGAUGCUAGGAAAAGAAAGGAUGAAAGAAGGAAAGCUCACAGUGCCCCAGGUAGCAUCAAAACAGCGCCAUUGCGGAAAAGGAGAAUCAUCAAAGAAGUUGAGUAAGAUAUAUGAGCUUGCGUCUUCCUGGAAACAGACCUAAGAUAUAUGAACUCUCAAGAAUUGGAGAUAGUAUUCAAUUAGCAUGCCAUUGGUGGGGCACCCUAGGAUGGUAUACAUUUCAUGCUCAGCUGAUAUCUGGGGUAAAUGGAAUGAUGGCUACAGUUUGAUACUUCCUGAUUUCCGAGUGACUCCUGAGCUCCAUGCAUGGAAAAACAGAUUAGUGAAACUACUAGUGAUAUUGUUGUAACGUUACUUGAUUGAGCCUGCAACAAAAUUUUGCUCUAUUCUUUGUCCGUGAAAUCUGAUGAUUUGCCGAGUUUGAACUCUAAAAUUACUUGAGUAUGUAACGAGGGGUCACGAGAAAAUAAUCAUCUAUAUUCCCAGUCA